GGUUUCGAAGCGUUCGACGACGCGGUGUAUCUGAAAGAGGAAUGUCUAGCGUGUCGGAACGGUGAACCUAUGUAAGGUCAACAAUUGCGUGGUGCUCAAGUCCAUUGUCCUCCGAUAGCCCACGAUGAGCGCCUGUACCUGCCGUCGUUUUUGCAUUGUUCCGAGGAUGGUGCAGCGGCAAUCCCAGACGCUCCGUUCCCCCUCUCCUCUCCAGAUGAAGCAGUGGCUGUUGCUAUUCCAAGCAAUACCCCGCGUCGCGAGGCAGCAAGGGCCCUUGAGUCUCCACGUUGGCACGUACCCCGGCUUCAGGUAUACCCGGACCACGUGCGCCGAACGUUACUCCCUUUGCGCGAUGAAGCUAGCUAGGGCCAUCAAGGGAGCAGGACAACCAGAGAUCGCGUUGGUCCCGACAGCCCGUCCCCUGCCCCGGAACUGGACGAAGAAACGGUGCAGCCGUGCUGUUGUCAAAGGCGGAGUUGAAGCCUCUGUAGCUUACGCGAUGCUGGUCGCUGGGAACGUCUCCUCGAGUUGAGACCAAAGACAGCAAUGCGAUAGCUUCACGGAAGGGUGUUGCAUAGGCGGAAGCCAACUAGGCACGCGGCGGGUGUGGA